AUGAAGCAGGGUCCAUACGGCAUAUGUAAAGGACUCCAACGGGCACGUCGGCGAGAACACGAUCGCCCCGCUCAUCGCUGUCACUCUUAAAGAUCACAGCUGCCCCGGGCCCGUGAAGAUCUUCCUAGGGACUUGCGACUACAUGCAGGCUUCAUUGAGCUUACAAGCUAAACCUUGAACUACUGGCGGUCUCGUUACCUACCUUACACCAUCAUGUCAAAAACGCCAGUUCAUUUCUCGCAGCUGAACACCGAGCCUCUGACGGUGCGGUGCCCAGCAUGCAUGCAUGUGGGAAAGUCAGCUAUGGUAAUGGAUACAAUAUCUGAUGCACGAGCCGCGUCAAAUACCCUCCUGGGCAUCCUCGGCUGCCUCUCAUGUAGAUGCGACUACAUGCUCGCCCCAACAUAUUACUUCCUCGUCCACUACUGCUCCAGCUGUAGUAUCCGGCUCGUCUCCGUUCCCUGGGAUUCCGACCCUAUCCCUCAGCUUCACAGCAGCUUCCUGGUCCCGGUCGAUCCGGCGCGAGCCCCCGACGGGCCCAAGAUCGCGCCCUCACCUUUCGGACCACCACCGCAGAAAGUAGACAUUGCCACGCUACGUAACUGUACCGAGCGUUUCGCAGAUAGCUCUCCGUCGCUUGUCCUAGAGAUCAAGCAUAAAAGCUCGAUCCUCACUCUCCCGGUAGCCGCCAUCAACGCUGCCGCAGAGAACACAGGCUAUGAGAUCAGCUGGCCAGGCUUUCCAAGCCACACCCACAAAGGCUUUGCCAGUCCGAUCGAGUACAAGCCGGCCGAUCCAAUGUCGACCGUGACAAGCAGCGAGCAGUCAAACUCAAAGACCCCAGCGACUGGACCCGGGACAACUUCCAAGUCCAUGUCCCUAGCCGCUUGGAACCCCGACGACUCCACCCCUCACAUCCGCGUGUCCGCCUUUGCCGCAUCCACGGCCACCAAGGAAAUCACCAAUGCCGUGACCGGGCCAGAGCUCGCCACAGCACAGGUGUUCCCGACCUCCAAGGAUUUCAUCCUCCACACGCCCCGCCGGCAGACUCCUCUCGUGCUCGAAGAGGAUACCCCAACUUCACGGUACAUCUCCCACCGAUCAGGCCUUCCCGGCAAGCCGUCACCCUCUGCCGGGUUCCUGGUUUGGAGAAGCAGCAGCUGGGGGCCUCUGACAUGGACGGUGCGGAAAAUCCGGGUAAAUGAUAUGAAAAAGCCCUCGCGGUGUCUUGUGCUGCUGGACGCGUACGACAGGUUGGUUGGCGUCAUGGGCGAGUCAAACUUCAAGAAGGAGGGUGUGGCUGUGCGGCUGUCGCUGUACGGAGACGGAAACGGCCUGCCACAGGUGCUGGUCGCGGAGAUUCUGGCAAGCUUUGCGGCGCUGGCCUAUGUGGUGUGGAAUUAUGAACAGCUUGGAGUCGCGGAUCCGGGGUUGGCGGGGUUUGUGAGUGGCGCUUUGGAUGUUGCCGGUGCGGCGACGGGUCUUGCGGGUGUGUAGUUGCUGGCGUGUAGUUAACUGGUGGUGAUUGGGGAAUCUGAGAAGUAGCCGAUUAGCCGGCGUCGAUUCUGUCGGUGGUGUU